AUGUGUGGGCGCUACGCACUAGGCGUGCGCUUGGCGUACAUUCAACAGCAGCUGCAAGAGCGAGGCAUGCAAGUAGAUGAAGCUCCAGAGGACGAAGAAGUCCGCGAGACAUACAACUUUGCGCCAGGCAGCUUUGGCGCAAUCUACCGCGCCGAUGUCCCUGAACCUAAGUCUCGUUCCGAGCGAGACACAGAGGCCGGCCAAGAGCAAAACGACAAUGUUCCAGAGCAAGAGGAACAAGUCAAUGAGAAAUCAGGCGACACUACAGCCAUGGGCCAGCCCAAAUACAAGCUUCAAAGCAUGAAAUGGGGCCUCAUCCCCUUUUGGACCAAGCGACAGCCAGACUAUGGUUCCAUGUUGCGAACAAUCAAUUGUCGCGAUGACUCGUUAAUUGAGAAUCGCGGCAUGUGGACGACUAUGAAACAGCGCAAAAGAUGUCUCGUUAUCUGUCAAGGCUUCUAUGAGUGGCUGAAGAAGGGACCAGGGGGCAAAGAGAAGGUUCCACAUUUCGUUCGGCGCAAGGACGGUGAUCUAAUGUGCUUUGCUGGACUAUGGGACUGCGUGAAAUAUGAAGACUCGGAUCAGAAGCUGUACACGUACACCGUGAUUACAACAUCUUCAAACUCUUAUCUGAAAUUCCUCCAUGACAGGAUGCCUGUUAUCAUGGAUUACGGAAGUGAAGAGAUGAGGACAUGGCUCGAUCCCAGCCGGAAGACCUGGUCGAAGGAGCUGCAAUCCAUUCUGAAACCAUACGAGGGCGAGCUCGAGUGCUACCCCGUCUCUAAGGAAGUGGGCAAAGUGGGCAAUAACUCGCCGGACUUUAUUAUUCCUGUGAACAGCAAAGAAAACAAAAGCAACAUUGCCAACUUUUUCGCCCAUGCCAAAGCGAAGGACGCGUCUCCGAAAAAAGAGCCUGGUAUCAAGGUUGAAGGAGAUGAAGUCAAAGAGCAUAUCGCUGCGCAUGGCACGAAGAGGGAAUAUACGCCGGAAAUAAAAAGUCCUGAUAACGAAAGCAAGAAACAAAAGGUCCAUCCAGGCCCAGUCUCACCCUCGCUGCAGAAAUUCAAAACGCGCAGUGCAACACACAAUAAGCCGAUGAAGAAGGCUGGGGCAUCCAAACCACCUGACGGAUCACAACGAAUAACGAACUUUUUUAAGAAAUAA